GAUCCCCCGGCCGUCCGAUUUAAAAGCUCUUUCCGGGGGGGACGGGUCUGUCCGUUUGAAGCUCUGCUGUGGCGAGGCGAAGGUUGAAAAUGAAGAAUCUUUUGCUUGUGUUCAGACUUGCGCUGCUGAUCUCUCUUGUGAUCUCCUUGGAUCACUCCAGGCAGCCAAACCAACACAGGGGCUACGUCUCCCUGUCGGACAUCGUGCGAUCGGCUGCUUACAGGGAUCUGGUCGACGGCGUGUCGUGUCACGCCAACAACAUGACGGUGAAAAUCCUUAAAGAGCAAUUCAUUGACCUGCCGUUCAGCUUGUUUGUUGUGGGUGCUGAUGGGAAGCUCUACGAUGCCAUGGGAGUUGCGCCCAGAUGCAGCUACGUCGUCGAAGAAACGGACCGUUACGUACUCUUGACGACCCCCUAUAACGGCUGUUAUGUUCAGAGGCGGGGAGAUGUGGCGAGUCUGGUGACGGUGGUGAGGGGGACGGUUGAUGGUGGACGCAUCGAGGUGACCGAGAGGAUCCCCGUGUCCUGCAGAAUACCGCCUCUUCAGCCGGACAACGUCGGCGUGAAAAACCAAAGCAGUUCAGAGGGGGUCCCCCAUCAGCAUUGCGAUAAGGACGGGUUCUUCAACAUCGUUGUUCACCGCAACGCGACGGUCCCCGACCUGCUCCUGGAGACUGUGCAGGUGGCAGAAGGCAGGGGUGCUGGCUGUACCCCCACACGGAUGUCCCCCGAGUCUGUGGCAUUCCGGUUCCCCCUCACUUCGUGCGGAUCGCGGAUAAGGUUCUCCAACGGCAAAAUGAUCUAUUCGGUGGACAUCAAGGCCGAAAAAAAGAUUCUGAGUGGAAGAAGGGGAUCUAUACUUCGGGAUAGUUCUUUCAAGCUUACCGUCAGCUGCAUGUUCUUGUUAAUUGGUUCAGCCCAAUUAAACACAGAUGUGCAGAAGAAGACACAGGCAGAGACUGCUGUGAUGAAGAGUGAGGGAGCACUCCAUCUGGAACUAAGACUGGCUAAAGAUUCCUCCUACGGCGCCUAUUACUCCCCCCGGGACCACCCUGUGGUGCGCGUGCUACGCCAGCCUGUGUUCGCCGAGGUGCGAGUCCUCAACCGGGAGGAUCCAGAUCUCCAGCUCCAGCUGGGCGACUGCUGGGCCACUCCCAGCAGAGAUCCGGGUGAUCCCCGCCGAUGGACCCUGCUGCAGAAAGGGUGUCCUUAUACUGGUGAUAACUAUAAGACGGAACUUCAGCCUGUCUUAGCAGGUCCAAGUUCCAAGUUUCCAAACCACCGGAAGAGGUUUCGAGUCACCAUGUUCAGUUUUGUGGACUCGCAGUCAACACGAAAUUUCCAUGGUUCGGUCUACUUUCACUGUGAGGCGGAGGUGUGUAAAGGUGGAACAGGCUGCACCCUAUCCUGUACUAGUAGAAAGAGGAGAGCCAGGGAUCGGUGGAAUGGGCGAAUCUCCUCUCGUCACAGUGUCGUUUCAGGAGGUCCCUUUUUCAUCCUUUAAAAAAUAAAACCCCAAGCUGCAGGUACAGCUUUACUGUAUAACGGGAGAUCAGGAGAUACCCCAUGUCUGUAUUUUUACUUAAAUACAACCCCCAUGGGGAAAAAUAACUGGAACUUUGUUUCCCAAGAUGAUGGAUAUCGAAGGAACUUUGCUGUGUCAGAAUCCUGCAAAUUCCUGCAAUUGUAAAGGUUUAACUGGAAUCUGCGAAGCCAAAAAAAAAAGGUUCUUUGUACAGUAGGUCCCUCUGUGACUGCAGUAUAUAAGCACUGCUUUAAAAUCUGUGUGAACUUUUUUUUUCUAAAUCUUAAGCAAUGGAUUUGUACACUUUCAAGGGAAACUUAAUGCUGUUGGAUCCCCUGUGAAUAAAUUAAAAUGCACUCCCAGUAGAGAAGUAAAAGUCCAAUUUCUGCUCUGGCCAUUAGCCUUGUUCACCUGAACAAUAAAUGGCUCUACGAGGAAGUUCAGUCUCUCUGGAAGUAAAAAAUAUAGAGGGCGCUUUCUGCCUUAUUAAUAGAGGAAAUUCAUGUUUUGUUUUUUUUCUUGAGAGGUACUCCACAAGGCCUUUGCGCAGAUUGGAAAUGGUUACCUCUGUGCAAACCAUUAAAAUCUACAGCCUACUACAAAGUA